AUGUCCGGGCCAAAUGUCUAUCAAAGGAGAGCAAAACCUAACAAUGAGAAGAAUAAUGAGGUUGAGGAACAAGAUUCAUGGGAACCAAAUACUCCUACAAAGCCUAUUCUCAUUCAAGGGUCUUCAUUGGAUUCACUAGUAGGAAGGAGAGUGCAGACAAGAUGGCCUGAAGACAAUAAGUUUUAUGAAGCAAUUAUUACCAGCUAUAAUCCACAUGAUGGUCAACAUGGUUUGGUCUAUGAUAUGGGGACUGCAAAUGAAACUUGGGAAUCAGUAAAUCUGUCAGAUAUCUCACCCGAAGAUAUUCAGUGGCUAGGUGAGGAUCCUGAAACAGGAAAGAAGACUAAAGAUGAUAUACAAAUACAUCACACAGAUGAUAGAGUUAAUUUGGGUGCACCAUCUUCUUUGAGGAAAAGAAAGAACAUGGGAGAAACUGAUGAUGAGUUACCUAAAGGAACUCCAAAAAAGAUAUAUCGGCCUAGACUGGUCUCUCAAAGAUCUAAAUCUGCUAAGAGUAAUGCUCCAAAACCUUCAACUCCUAAAAAGAGGCAAAGUUAUGUGAGAAGGGGUUCUCGCAAACAAAAAAGUUCUUCCAAUACUAGCAAUGAAUUAGGCAUGGGGUAUAAUUCAAUACAAAAUUAUGAAAAAGUGUUGACUAGUUUAUGUCUAGUAGAGCAUAAACGAAUUGGACAACUGUGUCCAUUGGUGUUCAAGAAAAAAAGGAAAUAUCGUUUUUUGAAGAAAAAAAUAGGCAAAAUGACUAAGAAACUUGUUGUCUAUAAAAAAACAAGACAAUUGGUUCCUUACAAAAGAUCAUCUCUAGUUGAUGUUUUACUUGACGAAGAGACAUCAAGAGUGUGGGAUUUGCUCAAGGAUGAAAAAAGACACGAAGAACAUGAUGAGACGAAGCGAAAAUAUUGGGAGGACAUUAGAGAAAUGUAUCGGAUGAAGGUUAAUUCAUUCAUAAAUCUUAUGCAUCUCAUACAAGGUGAUAGACGCUUUUUACUAUGGAAAGGUUCAGUUUUGGAUUCUGUGGUUGGCGUUUUCUUAACUCAAAAUGUGUCUGACUUUUUGUCAAGUUCGACAUUCAUGACACUUGCUGCAAGGUUUCCAGUGGAAAAACAAGAACCAAUUAGGAACCAUAUUGUCUUUACUAAUCCUAAGUUUGAUAAAGAAAUGGAAGAACACAAACAUGAAGAAAUGGAAGCUCAAAAGGCCAAUGACUCUUCCAAAGUUGAUGAUAAUAAGGGAACCAAAAAUAAUACUUCAAGGUCUGAAAAGACAGACCCUCUUGGCAUGCAUUUUGGUGAGAAAAAAUCAACUGAGAAGAAAAAUAAGAAUAAAGAGGAAAAAGAGAAGUUAAUGGAAGAAAAACAACAAUAUUGGGAUACACUAAGAAAAAUAUACACUAAAAGCCCAAGAGAUAGUGAUCACAUGGAUUCUGUUGAUUGGGAAGCAGUAAGAUGUGCACAAGCUAGUGAAGUUGCUAAAGCUAUUGCAUCUCGUGGCCAACACAACAUUAUUGGAGGAAGAAUACAGAGUUUACUAAAUAACUUGAUGAACUCAACUGGAACUAUGGAUUUAGAAUGGCUAAGAGACGCUCCACAAAAGGAAGUAAAGGAAUAUCUCUUGACGAUAUAUGGAUUAGGAUUGAAAAGUGUGGAGUGUAUACGACUUUUAGCACUACGUCAUGAUGCUUUUCCGGUGGACAUAAAUGUUGCAAGAAUUGUUGUACGUUUGGGAUGGGUACCCCUCCAACCAUUACCUGAAUAUAUUCAACUACAUAAUUUAGAAAUGUUUCCAGAUUCCAAUAAAAUUCAACAAUAUCUCUGGCCACGAUUAUGCACUCUUGAUCGGGAUACAUUGUAUGAAUUGCAUUAUCAGCUGAUAACUUUUGGAAAGGUUUUUUGCACAAAGAAAAAACCAAAUUGCAAUGCUUGUCCUUUAAGGGGUGACUGUAAACAUUUUGCAAGUGCUUCCGAAAGUGAAAAACUUGCCUUACCUGAAUCAACAUCAAAUCAACCAAUAUCAGUGACACGAAAGCUUGCCUUUCCUGAAGUGAAAAUUUCCUUAACCACAGAAGCGAAAAUAUGUGAGCCUAUCAUUGAGUUUCCAGCAUCACCAGAACCUGAAACCACAAAAUAUGAUGAAUCUGAAGCAGAGAAUGAUGGAGAGUUUCUCAACGAUGAUUAUGAAGACAUUGAGGAUAUUCCAACAAUCAAACUCAGUAGUGAAGAAACACAUAAUUGUUCUCUAGAAGAGUCUGAGCAUGACAUUAAUAAAUCAACAUCUUUAGUUGCGUUACAUGCAGAUGCUGCAAACAUUCCCAUACCAAAGAUGAAAAAUGCUAGUCGCUUGAAGACUGAGCCUUUUUCACACAUAGCCAGACUUCUAAUUCUUUGUUUACAGUGUACUCCACGAGAAAAAGAUGAUCCUUCGCGCUACCUUCUAGUUGUAUGGACUACAGGUGAAUUAGAAAGUUCAUGUGAACCAACCAAGAACAACUUGUCCCAGGAAGAAACUAGUCUAAUGGUGCCUGGAACUCUUUUGAUACCAUGUCGAACUGCAAUGAGAGGGCGUUUUCCACUUAACGGAACAUACUUUCAGGUUAAUGAGGUUUUUGUUGAUUACGCUUCAAUGAUACAUCCAAUCAACGUUCCAAGAAAAUGGUUAUGGAACUUAGAGAAACGAAUAGUAUAUUUUGGGACUGGGAUAUCAUCAAUAAUGAAAGGUAUGUCUAUGCAGCAAAUUCGAUAUUGUUUCUGGAAAGGUUUUAUUUGUGUGAGAGCAUUUGAUGCCAAGACACGAGCUCCCAGACCUAUAUCAUCUAUAUUGCAUCGCAGCACAACUGCUAAAGUUGGAAAGAAUAACAAAAAAGUCCCUAUGGAUGAUGAUGAAUAGAGUAAUAGACAACUCUAAUUAUAUGUUAGAUAUAGUUGGAUUUGAUUCUUCUAUU